AUGGCAACAACUCUGACCGAGUCCUUCAUUCAUGUACCUCCAACCGCCGAGGAACAGAACCAAAUCCCGCCCAACGAUGUCUAUGGCAAAUACUAUCCCACCAACCCCCAGAACCUCAAUCUUAAGUCCAAUUUUGGGCCCAUGAUCCCUGAGCAGAUUGGAUACCUGCAACCAACAGCGAUAGACACUCCCGUUGAGAUCAUGCGCGAGCGUUUCCUACGCAACGGAUACGUGUUUGUCAAGGGCCUCCUCCCCAAAGACAGAGUUCUAGACUGCCGUCGCCGCUACUUCUCCCACAUGGCCCCCUCCGGCCUCCUCAAGGACGGCUCAGACCCCGUGGAGGGCAUCUUCAGCGGGAAGGACACCCGCAAGUUCCUUCCUCCAGGAAACCUCCGUCGGCUCUUCGGCCUCCAGAACGAUGCAGAAUCCAACAAAUACCUAGAGCUAAUGGUCAGCGCCCACGAGGCAUCCUUCUACCUCGACUUCUGCGCGACCGAGGAACUUCGCGCCUUCAUCCGGAAGUUCACCGGCUGGCAGGAUAUCACCAUGCUGCAGCGCACGAUGCUCCGGGCCUUUGUGCCCGACAGCGAGCUGACUCCCGUACACUUUGAUCAGAUGUACCUUCGCGCUGGUCCGCCCACUAGUCUGACGGCGUGGGUGCCGAUCGGGGAUGCCUCGCUGGAGGCAGGCGGGCUGAUGUACUUGGAGAAGUCGACGGAUAUUGGGCGCAGGACGGAGGAGGAUUUCCGUCGCAAUGCGGGGAAUUUGACCGAUGAGGAGCGUGUGUCGGCGUUCAAUAAAAACAUGAACGAUGGCGGGUUUCUGAGUCGCGAUACGGUCGCCUACGGCAAGGGGGAGGAUCGGAAGUGGUUGAUCACGGAGUAUGAGGCUGGGGAUGUCAUCUUUCAUGACCCAUUUCUAGUGCACGCGAGUUGCAAGAAUGAGGAUCCAGAGCGAAAGAUUCGGUUGGCCACGGAUUUGAGGUUCGUGGAUGCGAAUCAAGCGUACGAUCAGCGGUGGAUGAAAGUUUGGAGACCACUCGAUGGUUUGUGA